AUGGUAUCCCAUAAUUAUCUUCAACGAGUUGAGGACUCCACCGACGAUGUAGAGAAUGAUAAUAAGGAUAAAGGGUGGAGAAUUAUGCUUCAAAAGAUAGAGGAGACAAAUGCAAUCUACGACACAAGAAUAACCGCCAUGGAAACUCAAAUAGAGAACUUGGAUAAAUUUCAACGGUAUCACCAUAAAAAGAUGCUCAAGUUCUUUGAGGCGAGCAACAUUGACGUUCCUUCACCAACCCCAUCACCUCCGGGUUCUCCAUAUCACUAG